CCUUUCGCACCGGCAAAGAUGCAUCGCCGGCUUUAAGGCGACCCGGUGCGGAAAGGGGGCUGCUAAAAAUAACCUCCGCUGCGGGAGUGCCUGGCUGGCGUGCUGGCGCCUCGGAGCAGGGCGAGCGAGCCAGUCAGUCCCCGCCGCUGCCGCUACCUCAGUCACUGCAGUGAGUUGCUGCAGUAACCCCCCUCAAGCAGCUGCACUCUCCGCUUCAGGCCGCCCAUGCUGCAGCCGGCUCCUGCAGGCAUGCUCACCUUCUUCCUCGUGUCUGGCGGCUCGAUCUGGCUCUUCCUGGAGGUCGCUAUUUCAAUCUUUGAAAAGAUGCAAGCACACGAAAUCCUAAAGAACCUGCGGCUUCCAGAAUUUGAUGACUUCAGCCAGUUUUUCCGAAGUUUGCCUGCUACCACCUUGGUAGGCAUUGGUGCCUUUGCAGCUGUUGUUGCAUACUGGCUGGCUAGCCGGCCCAAAGCAGUGAAACCCCCAUGUGACCUCCGGAUGCAAUCUGAAGAAGUUGAGGGCUGGGAUGGUGCUCGAAGAUCUGUAAUAGGUGACACCUCACAAUUGUUAACACACUACUAUGACGAUGCAAGGACCAUGUAUGAGGUUUUUAGAAGGGGCUUCAAUAUAUCUGAGAAUGGUCCCUGCUUAGGAUUCAGGAAACCCAAACAGCCUUACCAAUGGUUGUCCUACAAAGAGGUUGCUGAAAGAGCAGAAGCAUUGGGAUCAGGUUUACUCCAACAGGGUUGUAAACCAUCAACAAGUCAGUUCAUUGGGGUCUUUGCACAGAACCGGCCAGAGUGGAUCAUUUCUGAGCUGGCUUGCUAUACCUAUUCCAUGGUUGUGGUUCCCUUGUAUGAUACAUUAGGCCCUGGAGCCAUUCGGUAUAUCAUCAAUACAGCUGAUAUUUCUACAGUAGUUUGUGAUAAGCCUGAAAAAGCCAAAGUCCUGUUAGAUCAUGUAGAGAAAAAAGAAACCCCAGGCUUGAAAUCCAUUAUUUUGAUGGACCCUUUUGAGAAGGAUAUUAAAGAAAAAGGACAGAGGUGUGGAGUCCGCAUCCAGUCUAUGCAAGAAGUAGAGGAUUGUGGUCGAGAAUGUCGGCGAGUUCCUAUACCUCCCCGACCAGAAGAUCUAUCAAUUGUCUGUUUUACCAGCGGCACUACAGGUAACCCAAAAGGUGCUAUGCUGACUCAUGGAAAUGUGGUAGCUGAUUUUUCAGGCUUUUUGAAAGUAACAGAGAGUCAGUGGUCACCUACAUAUGAGGAUGUACACAUUUCCUAUUUGCCUUUAGCACACAUGUUUGAGAGAAUGGUACAGUCUGUAGUGUAUUGUCAUGGUGGAAGAAUUGGAUUUUUCCAAGGGGACAUUCGCCUCUUGUCUGACGAUAUGAAAGCGCUUCGUCCAACUAUCUUUCCAGUUGUACCAAGACUACUAAACAGGAUGCAUGACAAGAUCUUUAGCCAAGCAGACACCCCACUGAAACGAUGGAUUCUGGAAUUUGUUGCCAAACGUAAAAAGGCGGAAGUUCAAAGUGGGAUCAUUAGAAAUGACAGUCUGUGGGAUAAACUGUUCUUUAACAAAAUACAGGCAAGCCUUGGGGGUUGUGUUAGGAUGAUUGUAACAGGAGCAGCUCCUGCUUCUCCUACUGUACUGGGUUUCCUUCGAGCAGCCCUUGGAUGUCAGGUUUAUGAAGGCUACGGUCAAACAGAGUGCACAGCUGGUUGUACCUUCACUACUCCAGGAGACUGGACAUCAGGUCAUGUAGGAGCACCUUUGCCCUGUAAUUUAAUCAAGCUAGUGGAUGUUGAAGAACUGAAUUAUUUUACUUCCAAAGGAGAAGGAGAGAUCUGUGUGAAAGGUCCAAAUGUUUUCAAAGGCUACCUGAAAGACAAAGAAAAAACAGCUGAAGCAUUAGACAAGGAUGGAUGGCUUCAUACAGGGGACGUUGGAAAGUGGUUGCCUAAUGGUACACUUAAAAUCAUAGAUCGGAAAAAACAUAUAUUUAAACUGGCUCAGGGAGAAUACGUUGCUCCAGAAAAAAUUGAGAAUAUCUACAUUCGUAGUGAGCCUGUGGCCCAGCUAUACGUACAUGGGGAUAGCUUACAGGCCUUCUUGGUGGGAAUUGUGGUACCUGAUACUGAAGUAAUGCCAGGCUGGGCCAAGAAAAAGGGUUUUGAUGGAACGUAUGCAGAGCUCUGUAAAAAUGUGGAGCUGAAGAAAGCAAUAAUGGAAGAUAUGGUGCAGUUAGGGAAGGAAAGUGGACUUUAUUCAUUUGAACAGGUAAAAGCUAUUUACAUCUACUCUGAAAUGUUCUCUGUACAAAAUGGCUUGUUGACACCUACAUUAAAAGCUAGGAGAGCAGAGCUGAGAGAAUACUUCAAGAAACAGAUAGAAGAACUUUACUCAAGCAUCUCCAUCUGACGCCACAGGAAGAUUCUUCAGAAAAAUGGACUCUGUAGUGAUAUUAGGAGAUACUGCAAAGUGAAAAAUCAGAAGGAUGCAGUUGAAACAAAUAAGCACCUGUCCUUUUUUCAUGCAAACUUUCUGUUGCCUGAAGACAUGCUCACUGAGUAAUUACUUUACCAUCUAAUUCUUUUCAUUGCAAUGGAUGCUCUAGAAGAUUGCUUUAAAACAUACUGGACAGCUAUUAAGUUCUUUACAUUCUUUUCCAUAAAGUAUUUUACAUUUACAUUUUGUUAUUAAUUCCCACAUAAAUUCCCUAGUAAAUGGGAAGGAUUUGCCUAUUUUAUAUUACACUUAUCUGCAGUCCUGAUUCAGUAAUAUGAUGUAGAGGGUUGUUGGAUGUCUCUGUGGAUGGUUACUAUUAUGAACUGUUUAGAAAUAGGAAGUUCUUGUCCUGGUUCGCAGGUUGCCAUUGCAUGCUCAUAUACCUCCCCUGCGCUUGUCUAGACUUCCAGUCCAACUGAAUAGCUAUAUGGCCAGGAACUUACUGACAUUGAGCUCUUACAGAAAACAUCAGAGACUAUGUGGUCUACCUCAAAUGUCCUUUUGAUGGAUGAUGAAAUCCACCAAUAAGUCUUUUACCCUGAUCUAGAACUUAAUACUGAAAUUCUUGAUUGUUCUUAGAGGCAGCUGUUAUGCUUUGCAAAAUGUAAAUUGAAUUUAUUUUGAUGAAUUAAUCCAUAAAAGAAAACUGAUUUCCGAGGUACUUUGUAUUAGACCUUGUGGAGCACACUGGAUGAAUACUUAAAUGUAAUUGAGAGAAAUAUUUUAGGAAUUAAUAGGCCUUGAAUUCUUGGUAUUUCUUAGGGAGGAUAUCUCCUUUACUAGACUUACAGACAUUUUGUGAAAUGAUCAAGGCAUUAAAGGCCUCUGGUUUUUACCUUUAAAGAAUUUGUGUUGUGGCAGCUAUGAGAUGUUUGCAAGACUGAAUGAGCUGGUAUAAAUAUACAGCAUAAUUUUACUGCCCUACUCUAAAUGUUUCAUUCCACCAAAUUAAGAGAAGUGAGGUUCUGAAGCAGAACUUCCUACUGUGCAUCUUUUCAAAGUCAGGCAAGAUUCUGAGUCUCAUCAGCAGGUCUAUUGGCUGGAUCUAUUACCAGCCAUUAUGCUGCUGGAGCCUAGAGCACAGCUUCUUCUCUAGACUUUGGGGCUCCUUGAAUCCAGCCAUAUUGGCAUCAGCUGCUGCUUUUACUGACAACUUUGGCUUGACAUGACAUACUUGACCCACGUCCCCACUUCUUAGUCUUUCCAGUCCCCUGCAAGUAGAUUGUGUAAAGUGCUCCCCCCACUCGAUAGUGGACCUUUGAACAUUUCUUCCUUGGUGGCUUUUUUCCUACUGCUAUUGUGUAGAUUUCUCUCCUAUGCCACUGACGGUUCCAGCCAUCAGCAUAUUACCUCAUAGAAUAGCUUCAUCUGCAUAGGCACAUCUGAAUAAGCUUCAGCUGUAUUUAGCUGUAGUAGGGAGAUUUGGAGCAGAGUGGAGGUGAAGGAGGGACUAUGGAGGGACUAAUGACUGUACUGUUUGUUUCGCGCAUGGGUAAUAUGCAGUUAAUUUGAGCCGUGAUUCCAAGUUUGUGAAGCCCAGGUCUCCUGCCAUCAUGGCAAGACAGCAAAUAUGAGCGUUCCUGAACAGUAUGGUUGGGACUGCUGUGGUACAAUGCCUGGCUUUUGCCAUGAGAUAUUUCCUCAUUGUGAGGCCAUUGCUUUAAGAAGAUGUCAGUAGUUUCUCCUAGUCUUUUAAACAUCUUAAUAUGUGGCAACAGAAAUGGGUGCCUUUCUGGUGCACCCAUUUAAUAAUAAACUUUUGCUGAAUAAGAGUUGCAAAGGCUAGGAAGAGCCAUCCUUGUAUUUCUAAGAUCCCUUUUAACCCCACAGCAACUGAGAAUUUGUCUACAUAAAUGUUUAGGGUUUCAGUGCGGAUAGAAACACUUGCUUAAGACUUCUUGUGAUGCUUAGAUUUUACCUUGUGGUGGUAAAACAAGUCAUUGACUAUUCUGAAGUAGGUGUAAAAUCAAAAUUUAAAAGAAUCAGCAUCAGGAGGAUCAAUCACUUUUCCUAGCAGGAGAUAUUUAUUAAUGUAUUACUAGAACAGUAGAAGUAUAACCAUUGAGCCCGGAAACCACACAACACCCCUAUAACCAUUGAAUUCUAUGCUUGCAGUUGGGUCACACACACACAGUUCAGAUGCUUUAAAAUCCUCUAUGUGAAACAGCCUGUGCAGAAACAGUAGUUCAUGACAGUGUUGGCUGGUGCUGCCAUCUGAUGGAGUUUCAUAUAACAGGACAGCUAAAAUAUAUGCUACCAUUCCCCUGUGUAUCACUGCUAGGAAGUGGUGUCUGCACGUGUGUGGUUGGACGGGUUCAUAUUUGUACUUCCAUGUGGCUGUAUCCAUAUUACUCUAUAUGAGAGAUUUUAGAGCAUCUAUUUGAAGUCCCACUUUGAAAGAAGCAAGCAGACUUCUUUCAUUACACCCACAAUUAUUUCUAAAAUCAUCCAUGUAAUAAGUGUGAUGAACAGUACCCUGCCUAUAUGGACGUGCUGCUAUAUGCAUUCAGUGGGCUGUGCAGACAAACAUUCGUUUCCUUUCUUAUAAAACAGCCUAGUGCAAAUUCUUAGGUUAAAAGACUUUAAAACUGUUGAUUUAAAUUGUCCCAUACAUUUUGUGGAAGUAUCUGAAGUUUGACUGAGAAAUUAAAACAAGAAAAGAGAUUAAUUGAAUGAGCAAGUUUAUGUGUAAAACCUAAUUUAUUAACAUCUGUUCUGAACAAUCAGGAUUAAAAAUGGCUGCAUUAUUCAAUAUAGUAUUUCUGGUGGAUACAAAAUGGGGGUGUUCUAUUUUUCAAAUGUCAAAUGGCAUUUACCCUGGCAGCAGAGGGGCAAAUCUUCUCGCAGCCAGUUGCUGUGGCCCUCCACAAUGGCCACUGUCAGAGCUCCUGUAGCAGAGGUAUUCCGGUGGCAUGGUUAGGGUGGAGCCAACCUUAGUCAGCUUCCACCCCAGCUUUGCCCCCCAGGAGGCUGCACCCAAGGUAUGGACUUAUGCCAUGGGUUUUGGUGGCAUAAACCCACUGAGCCCAAUGGAGGGCUUUUUGGCAACAGAAAGGGUGUUUUUUUUUCUAUUUUGCCAGCCCAGUGCUCUGGAUUGGGCUGUUAACUUUUCAGAUGCCCAGCAACGAAAGGUUUCAUUAAAAAAAUUAAUUGCAAUCUCCUAAUAGAAAAGAAAAUAAUAUAGCAAAAUAUAACAGUAAUAGUGGCAAGUCUGCAGAUAAGCAUCUAUAAAAGGAUCGAAAUAUCUAAAAAUAUGUCCAUGUGCAAUUGUCAUUUAUAUGCCAUCCAUUCAAAUGUUGAUAAGAUUGUAAAGUACUCAAUCCGUUGGAUUAUAUGGUUCAUCUUAUUCUUAUACACCGGAAGAACUAAUUUUCUAUUGCUCAGCUUUUCUGUAGUAUUAGUGCAAUUAGUGCAAAAGAAUUAAGGAGGAUUUGGUUUGGUGUCUUCUUUCUAUCUUUCCACUAAGUCCAGUAAGUAGAUUGACACUUGAAUACCAAGCUGUAAUUUUCUAGCAGAUAAUGAACAUUCUAAUUUCAUAUUUGUAUGGGAAAUCUUAUGCAAGUUUGUUUUCGACCAAGGUUCACGUAAUGCUUGGGAAGAAUGAUUUACAAUGCACAUUUCUGAGAAAUGUAAAUAAUGGAGAAGAGUAGCACACAAAUUAAACUAAUAUCUUAUUCUUGUUUAACUGCCAUUUGUUUUUUUAAAAAUGUUUUGUUUUAAUCUGUACCGAAGCCCUUUGGAUAAUAGCAUUUUAUUCCUUAAAGCAGUUUUUAGGGCCAUGUUAGAUAUGAUCCAGGCAGUGUUAAGGAUUUACAAGUCCUUUUUAGUUGGCCAAGUUAUUAUUUGCUUAUAUUACUUCUAUUGAAAUUAAGUGGGUGGGAACGGUUUGCAUUUCAUUUUUAGACUUGAAAAGACUUUAAAGGACAUAAUAUUGGUUGGAUCAUGACCAUUAUUGUAAAGUAGAAAUUUUUUAGUUGUACUUUUUAUCUUGAGAAAUUAUAUUAUUGAAUCCGGACAAGGAAACUCCCAAUCACCAUAGUUCUUCCCUUCUAACUCAGUGUGUAUGCUGUUCAUAAAGACAUUCAAUGUUAUUUAUAAGAGAAAAAGAAGCAAUCUAGAGAAGUUAAGCUGUACAAGAUGCUGUCGUGACAAGUCAACAGGAGAAAUGUUGGCUUGAUGGUUUACUGUCUUGCUCGUCACUUGCAAUCUGUUUCUAGAGAUGGAAAUUCUAUGAAAGUCAGUCUUAUUAAACUCAGUGAAGGCAUGACAUGAAAGCAACUUAAAAGUCAUUUUUCCGACACUGAUGAUUAAUGUUUAAAGAAUAUUUGGAAAGGGCAGUUAAAAUUAUUUCUUCCUGCCUUCUCAUUGCUCUGGAGUUUAGCCAGGCAACAGUUACAUGGAAGAUAGCUUAUAUCCUUUUCAACAAAAAGAACGAAGUAGAAUUUUAAAUACAUUUGCCACAUGCCACAUGUUUUAGAAUGCUGCGCUUGGGUCCUCGUGCCUGCCUACCUAGUUCUGUUAGGUAGGCACUAGGACCCAAGUGGAGCAUUCAAAACAAAGACAGUGGCUGAUGAAGUUACAAUUCUACUUAGUUGGCCUGAGGAAUUUAUUUUAGCCCUUUAACAGUGCAGUCCAUGGGGGCGGGGGGGCGGUGGCGGUGGCUGUGGAACCAGUAUGACCCCAACGUUGGUGUCAUUGCCCCUCUAUGUGGUGUAAGUUGCAUCCUCUUAUUCCAGUGCUAGGGAACCAUGCAGCUGUGUGUUUCCUGGACACCUAUGAUACAGCUGUGCCAGCGUUCCUCUGAUGCAGGAACCUGUGCUGAUUAGGGCAUUUUAGGGGACAGGGUAAACCUUUGUUAGCUUCCUCAGGCCUUUCAGCCCAGGAAUGCCCCCUUUUGCUGGUUUCCAUUUAUGCCAGCAAAAAGGCCACUUCAAUCCAUUGGGCUGGUUAGAUGAGUUUCAAGAAGGUUGAUAAGUUUCCUUAAUUUUUUUUUACCUUGCCGCACCUCCGCAUUCCUCUGGAGAUGGCGUAGCUGCCAUCCAUAGACCCCCACCCCUGGAUUGUGAGAAGAAUCCUUGUUGCUUUCCUGUUGCACCCAUAGUCUAUGAGAGCCAUCCUAUUUCUAGUUAAACAGGCUUGACAUGUUGCUAGAGUGAUGUCUAAGAAUGAACAAACAAGUUAAGCUGAAGGACUUAAAUUUUAAAAUGACCCUAAGACUGCCUGUGCUAGAAAGUAAAUGCGUAGGAUGGAAUAUACUCAUUCUUAUACAAAUUACAUACAAUGAACCAUACUGUUAUAUAACUGAAGAUGGGUAGAAUUUUAAGGAUUCAAGUGCUCGCCCCAGCAUUAAUGACCUGGUUAUAAAAAGUUGUUGCAGUCAACACCAGCUAGUCCAAUGACAUCAGGACCACGCCAUGAAGUUAUGCCAGCAGGCAGUUAAAAAGGAUCAGGACAGCAACCAGCUAAAAUACAGGUUCCCAGUCUGUUCCAAAUCCCAAGUUAUAAUAAAAAGAAAGUACAGACCAACUUGGCAUCAACAUCAUUGAAACUAAACAGAUGCAAAUUCAGUAUGAACAAGAACUUUGGCUUGUAAAAUUUCGAAAGGUACCUAUUCAUCACAUAUGCAUCAUUGGAAAGAAGUUCUUGAUCUUUUUGUGAUUCCUAUAUCUUGAUGAUAAAUGAAGGAGCUGUGCAUUGCACCUGCCUACUCCAAGAGCCCAGUAAGCACCACGGUUCAGCACAUUAAUAUCUAGGACCAGAACAGAGGCUUAGCAAGGGGGGAAAGUGCCCGGUGCACUGGUGCAUCCUCUGCCCCCCAUCCUGCCCUGGAACGCCCCUGUCCUGCCAUGCCACGUCUGGAACAGCCUUGCCGUGCCCCCACAGGGGCACGGGCCUGGUGCCUCAUGCACCCCCCUGCACCCUUUGAGCUAUGCUUCUGGGGGUUCUUCUUCAGUCUUCACUUUAGAAGACAGGACUAUCUGGGGGAAGAUGCUCUAGAACCUGGCAUGUUCUAGUUAGAACAAUAGGCAUGUGUCAUUUUGAGAAAAUAAAGUUUAGAAAUGUUCAUUAAAGAAAUUCAUAGCAUUUCAACAUGAGUUAUGUGCUGUUGUAAGAGAAGAGUUGAGCCAGGUUCACACAUGCAUGUGCAUCAGUCAAUGACUUGUAGUCAAAUAUGUGAACUUCAUCCAUGGCAUGAUGUUUGACUAAGAUAGAACUAUGCAGAAGUUUUAUCUGUAAUGCUAAACUAUUGUGGCUGUUUCAGUACAUCAAAAACAUCACUUCAGUGUCCUGCCACAUGUUGAACAUGCAUGUGUGAACUUUUCUAGAAAUAAAAAAUGGGUAGAUUAUGGCAUUCAGAAACAAAACCCAAGUGUUCCUAUGGAUUAAGAGGACAUAGCAUAUCUUUACUUUAUGAAAAUGUUCUGAUAAAAGAAUAGUCUUCCCAUUAAAAUAUAAAUGAGCCAAAAAGUAUGUAAGGGAUUUUUUUUCUUAAUUACCAUAAGCACUGAAUCAUAUCUGAAGAAUAACCAAACACUGAAAUGUCAAUUAUCCUGAUAUACUGUAUGAAAAAAAGACAAGUUUCUUUGCAGAGUGAAUAUUUUUACAGCACCUUGUUGGUAAUGUUAACAGUAAAAUUGUUUCUUUUUAAUGCCUUGAUCUUUAUUUUUAUUGCAUAUAUCAGAGAAUAGCUCUAACAGUUUUCUAUCAAUGAAACAAAUUAACUUGAAAUGAUGAUCCUCAGUUUUCCAUGUGUGAAAAGCACAAAUCUGUGAUCUUUAUGUAAAUAAAAUGAAUGUGCACUUUAAAAAGAAUAUACUAUUUUUGCAUGAAAUCUGACAAUUUAAACAAUGUGCUUAUGCCUCAUAGAAAACUCUGGAAAAUAUUUUGUUCAAAAAUGAUAGAUAUAACAUUUUUAAUGUGAAGCAUUCUGAGCAGAAAGAAUUCUCUCAAAAAAACCAAACAAGAUAUUUGAUGUAUUGUAGAAUUCAUCUAAAUUCUGGCUGGAAAGUUUAAUGGAUGGUAUCCAUCCAUAAUCUUGACAACAUGCUGACACUAUAUAAGUAGAUUCAAACACUGAUGGCUUAAUAUGUAGUCCCCAUAUAAUGGAUCUUCUUCAAGGAGAUAGUGAUGCUUGGAAAAUUUCUCCCAGCUUAAAUUGUCCUCAAAUUCUGUUGGUAGAAAUUGAAUCAACCACUCGGUCCUUGUCCCAUUGCUGUUGUUCUGGAGAGAUUCAAUGUCCUUUUAAAUACAAUUCCUGCUACCUAAUCCUUUCUAUGCCUGACUUUGUGGACUGAAUAUAUAUUUAAUGUCUUUGAGGGUGAAAUUAAUAAAACCCUACAGUUGCUAUUCAAAUUACAAUCUGUCAAUUUUAUCUCGUGCCUUGAAACUGGAAUUGGCUGCAGUUUCAAUAACACAGCAAAGAAGGGCAGUGGUGGGAUCCAAAAAUUUUAAUAACAGGUUCCGGUGGUGGUGGGAUUCAAACAGUGGCGCCGCUGCACACAUGCACCUCCAGUCCCUAUUGGGCAGGGAGGUUGCUUUAGUAACCCCUUCUCGGCUCUCAGAAAAAAUUAGUAACCACUUCUAGAGAAGUGGUGAGAACUGGUUGGAUCCCACCUCUGAAGAAGGGGGUUAUUUUAGUAUAAGUAAUGGAAGAAGGGGAGUCCUCUAAUACCUCUAAACCAGGUAAAAGAAGAGUAUAUUACAGUCCAUGUCUCUAUAAUCCAAAAUAUAAAAGAGCACUAAAAGAACCACUGUGGUGAGGUGAUUACCAGUCUAGGAUCUGGGAGAUCCAGGCUUAAAUCUCCAGUGUGUCAUGGAAGCUCUGUGACCAGUCACACACACUCAAGGUCAUUAUGAGGAUAAAAUGGAGGAGAGGAGAAUGAUGUAAGUUGUUUUGGGUUCCAUUGGGAACAAAAAUGGGGUAUAAACUAAGCAAAUAAAUAAAUAGGUUUACACUUGAAAAGAAUCCAAUACAAAUUGUAAUGGAAGUUCCAAAAUUGACUACACUUAAAAUUGACUUACAUUUAAAAUGUAAACAAAACAGGCAGUACCAGGGCCAAAAUAGUAAUGAAUAAUUGAGUAGAAAUGCUAUCAGACAUAAUUUCUGGAGUCUUAGUCAGAAAGAGGCCAAUAUUAAUGGAAAGGCUAGAGUGGAAGCAUCUCUACAUACCCUGUCACUACUGAGUCACGGGGCUUAAACCAUUAUUGGAAGAUGGGACACAGUGAUGUGGAGGUGAGGACCUUAUACAUUCUGUUUUCGUUAGCAGCAUUAGCCUAUUUUCCAAAUCAGUGAAAUUGAGUAGACCUGACUGGAAACCAUUUCUGCCUGCAUCAGUUUCAUUUCUAAGGCAGUGUGUGACCUCACCCAUGCAUGGAUGGAUACCCAUCCUUCCAUAUAGAAUUUUUAAAGCUAAAAACAUCAAAACACUGAAAAGAGAUUCAGACUUUUCCUGAGUGGAUUUUCAUUUCAUUCAGCAGUUAAACUAAACUUGCAUGGAAUUCCUAUACUGAAUGUGUGAUAUAUGGGAACAUUUGCUCUCUCAGUACUGUAAACACAAGGUAUCUACGAGAUAAGGCAUUAGUCAUCACUGGCAAUAUCAAGAUGAUGUUAUACCAUUUCAUGCUUUUAAAAAGAAUUUCAGCAACACUAUUCAAAGCCUGUCAAUAUGAACUUCCUGAGAAAUUUGUGAAAGUACUUUUAAUUUCAAUGGGAUUUGUUUGACUUGUUAAACAUGCUGAAUGUUGUUUACAAAGAAUAAUUGGUGUUAUUUGGACUGUGGCCUUGACAGAAGAUCAGAAAUUAAGCAAUAAAUAUCCUUCUUUUAAGAAAUUCAGAUACAAGGGAGCACAGCUCUGUGAAAGAGAAAAUUUGAGCAAAUGAACUUUCAUUAAUCUUGUUUCCUGUUUCUGCAAGAGGGUUAGAAGUACAGUUAUACUCCUUUGCACUGGCCCAUACUACCUGCAACACAGAAAAUGCUUCUGGUGAUUAACAAGAAACCCCGAAGUCACACAUACAUCACCUGUAACAACUAUCACCAAUUAUAUUUUUUUUUGUAAGACAGUAUUUCAGUAUACUUUUAAUUUUGCCCCUUCUGUCACGCAAUAGCACAAUAUACUUGCAUUUAAAUACAGGCGCAAAGACACACUCAAAGUACCAUUUUUGUACAUAUAGUUUAUUUUUUGCUGAAGAAAAGGGAAGGGUCUGAAACCUAUCAAGACAUUUAAAACACAUGAUCUUAACUGUAAUUAAAAGUAUUGGGUUUUUUCCCCCCAGUUUUGGUAUAUUUACCUGCAUCGCAAGAAUUUAAAGAUACAAAUGUGAAAACUUUAUUUUAUAAAGAACAGAAAGAUCCUCAGAUUUCUUGAAACUGGUCAAUGAUCCUCUUAACUGACAAAUAUUUUAUAAAAUCUUUAUUCCAAUUUUCCAUACAAUCAAGUACCAAUCAGUCAAAAAUGAGUGCCUAUACUAAAUCAUGCUGGGUUUUGUUUUCUAAAUGACCAAAGGAAAUGACAGAAUCUGAGGUCCACCACAGAAAUCUUUAGCAAAUGAUCUGACUCAAAUCUCAUUGAAGACAGUUAUUCAGGAGCUUGUAGAGAUUUGAAUACACUCUUGUGAUUAAAUCGGCAGUAACUACAUAACCAAAUGUAUGAGCUUGUUUAACACAAACCCAUAACUGGAAAUGCAUAGUAUUUUUUUCAGACCAUGUGUUUAAAAUAAUAAACUUGAGAUAAUUA